AUGACUUACCGAGCCACCAUUCUUGCUAUCUUCAUGAUUUUCCUUGUUCUAGGGAUGGAAACAAAAGAGACGCAAGGACAAGAAACAUGUCAUGAUCUUAUAAUGAAAAGAGAUUGUGACGAAGCUACGUGUGUCACAAUGUGUCAGCAAAAAUGGAAGGGAAGUGUUGGCUCGUGCUUCCAAAACGUCAAUGUAAUGAGUUGCCUUUGCAAUUUUCCAUGCCAAGUUUGAAUGAAAUGUUCUUUUUUAUUUUUUGUUAUAGACUUAUAGUUUAAACUAUAAUCUAUCAAUAACAAUCCCCAAAAUGUUUCCCUCUACAAAGAUUAUUGAUGUGAUAAUCUUGUAGCGUUUUUAUAAUAUUUGGGAUGGGUUAAUGUGAUUUGUGUCGGUUAGAUUAUUCACUUACCCAACACGAAAGCUCUUUAUUUAGUGUUUGAACGAUUUAAUCCGCCACAAAUAAAAAUCCCAAAUCGACUACACUAAACUACUCAUCAUUUGACACAUUGAUUUCAAC